AUGGCAGCAGCAAUGGAUUACCAGCAUCGUGUUAGCGUGAAGAGUGUGACCAUGUGCAGGAAUGUGGACGGCGUCACAGAGAAUAUUGAAGUUGAGGUCACUCAGCAGAGACUAGCAUGUGAGAGUCUUGAAAAGGCUCUCUCAGAAGAAAGAAGAAAGUGUGCUGAUUUGUCCUCUGACUACCAGAAUGCACUAAUCCAGAACACCACCUUAACGAGAAAGAACACUGAGUUACAGCAGAAACUAAACCUUCUAGAACAUGUCAACAGAGAAUGCCAGAAACUGCGCGUGGAGGUGAACGAGCAACGGCAACUCUUUGAGAACACUGCCCUCGAGCGAGACAUUCUAUACGAAAAAGUCGAGAAACUGGAAAAAGACUUGUUGCUGAUGCAGGACGCGGCGGAGAAGCGUCGAGCUCUAGAACGGGAAUAUGAGCAGGCUAUCAGGGAGCUCAGGGAAAAGCAGGAGGAGAUUAGGAAACUCCAGCAGGAGCAGCAGGUAGCCAAGAGGGACCACCAUGACUCAGUCUCGCGCCUGGCAUCCAAGGUGAAAGACCUGGAGCGCAAGUGCGACGAGCAGAGCAGCAACUUUAGCCGCCUUUCUGACGAGCUCCUGGCACUGCGCAACGAGGCGGGCAGCCAGCUCUUCACCAUGACGUCAUCGGCCGCAGGUACCGGCGCCAUCGCUGCAGGGCCUGCCAACACCAAAGGAAGGCCGGAGGCCGGCAUAUCUCAUCCAGUAGCGGGCAGGGUAGGUGUGGCGUCAUCCAGAAAAGGGAUGGGGGACAAGGACAAGGAAGAUUGGCGGAGAAUUGCUGAGGAGGCAGUCGUCACGAGAACGUCGGCACCACAGAGAUUAACGUCUGAAGAUAGAAUAAGAAAUUCCCUUUCGGAAGAACUCUCCAACACCUCAGGUGACCUCCUGUCUGAAUACGACAUCAUUCAUUCUGACGAAGAUUCCCUUCGGCCGUCGCUGGCUCCUCCCCUUUCUUCUCAUGCUCCCGGUGCUGACCUUUCACCCCCACCUGAAAACAUUGAUCCGUCCUGGUAUCAUGAUGCAGGUGGGAUGAUGGGCAGGGAUGAGAAUAACAGGCAGCCAGCUAAGAGGGCAGCCUACCCUGCCCCUGGCGACACAAACAGCCGGAAGAGCGACCACUCCAGGGGAAUUGAGAAUGGACAGCUGGAUGCGAGUGAUGCGGAGGACCUGAUGGAGGACCUUAGUGACCGCAUCGAUGCAGCCAUCUUGAAUCGCCUGAACCAAGCCUCAUCCAUCACCACCAUGGGCCCUAUCAGCAAGCUGGCAGUCUUUAUUGCCAGAUAUAACUAUGACCCCUACCGUGACUCCCCCAACGACAACCCCGAUGCAGAACUUCCACUGACUGCUGGAGAUUAUAUCUACGUCUAUGGAGACCCAGAUGAGGAUGGCUUCUAUGAUGGUGAACUGAUGAACGGACAAAGAGGAUUGGUUCCCUGCAAUUUCAUCGAAAGAGUUGCAGGUACCAAAGAUUUGAAUGAUACCAGAGAGGAAGACCUUCCUGGUUUCAUGAACAACAAUGCAAUGGAUAGUGAUGCUUCCAAAUUGGACUCCUUAGACUCAUCGGGCAAAUACUCCCUAGAGGGAGCCCUCUCCGCACCGCCCAAACCUUCCCAUGAUGCCUUGCUUUCCGACACACCCCUUGCUAUGGUGGGAAGUAGUGCAGCUGCCGUAGGUGGUGUCGGGGUGCCGGACUUGAGUGUCUUGAAAGAAAAAGAUGACAUGAAGGACCUGGAGUUCAACAGUGAGGAGGAAGAGUUGAGCCGAGGCGGCAAUCUGAACCACUACGCCGGGGACCUGCCCAGCUUCAGCCGCAGCAGCGAGCACCACAGCGACCUGGAGGACAUCCCGGAGGUCGACGAGGACAAUGGGGUCAAAGGUCAUGGGAAGUCACUGGGGGAGGAUGGAUUGACCUCACUGAGCGACAUUGCAGCUGAUUAUAUCUUUGACGUUCCCUGUCCUAAGAAGCUGACCCUGGAGCGCCAGCUCAAGAACAGCAUCAUCAUCUCCUGGCUCCUACCAGACACCAUAGCGCCCUCGGACGUCCAGGAAUACCGCGUCUACGUCAAUGGUCAGUUCCGGACGGCCACUAAGUGGGACGCCAAGACGCAAGCACUGGUGGAGAACGUUAAGCCACUGGAGACGCACCGGAUAUCGGUGCGGACGGUCACGGCAAAAGGGAUGUCGGAGGAUGCAGCCUGUACCAUCAUGAUCGGAAAAGAUGCAUCGGCCGCCCCAACUGAUUUAAAAGCUUCCAAUGUGAGCCCAACGUGUGCGGACAUCAGCUGGUUGCCUGGCAACAGCAACCUGGCCCAUCAGAUCACGGUCAACGGCAAAGAAAUCCAAACAGUCAAACCAAGCGUCUAUAGAUAUGCACUAACAGGUCUUUCACCACUGUCUGUCUACCGAGUUAACGUCAAAGCCAAGAGAAGAAAGACAUCACAGGACAACUCAAAGGAGAAACUUUCAACGGAGAUAGAAUUCAAAACACUACCAGGAGGUCUUCCUGACGCCCCACUUGACGUCCAAGUCAAGGCAGGAGCCUCACCCGCAGUCUGUGUGGUGGAAUGGCUACCAGUCACUAUAACCACAUCAGGACUAUCUAACGGUGCUGUGGUUACCGGUUAUGCUGUGUAUGCUGAAGACACCAAAGUGGCUGAAAUACACUCUCCAACAGCGGACAAAGUAUCAGUCAGCCUCAACAAGAUCAAACUCCUGUCAGCGCGGGAUGUGGUGGUCAGGACCCUCUCCCCUAACGGUUUCUCCAUCGACUCGGUGCCGGCCAGGAUACCCCCAGCCCUUAUGGAGGACAGGCGUGGUGAAGCCACGCUAAGAGCCAUGGAGGCAAAGCUUUCCCCCCGGCGUCACUCCAACCCUGGGCACCGCCACCACCACAGCAACCACCGUGGCAAGAGUAGACGCAGAUAUUCCCGACCCCCAGCCAUGUAUCACGGUGCAGAGGACGACGAUAGCUCCAGCCACAGCUCACGAUCAGAGGAAGCAUGUCGCAUCAAUGACAGCAGCAGCCCGCUGGCCAAUAACAAGCCGCCCGCAGCUGCAAGCAGCGGAAAGGCUGUGGAGAAUGUCGCUGAGAAAGAUGAUGUAGCAAAGAAGGCUGAUGCGCGGGUCCCCCGUGAGGACUACACCUCGGAGAGUGAGCGCUCAGAGCUCUCAGACAUAGCUGAGGAAGCGGAGGAGGAGCUGUCGGACUUUGCUGAUGGGAGCCUGCCUGGGCUGAGUGACGAGAGCGAAGCCAAGGCCUUCAGGAGGAUAAAACGAAGGGAGGAGGAGCAGAAAAAGGUGCAAGAGACGCUCAAGUACAACGCCAAGCCUGACAUGGAGCUAGACACAGACCCAGAGCUGGAGAGCCUGAACCGAUCAGACAAGUGCCGCCCAAUCCAGGUCAUCCGUCAGCAGUGUGACUUUGAGAGAGAGACGGAGCAGUCCCCACACAACCAGGUCCUGGAGCCUGUGCCCAUCAAACAGUCUAGCCAGCCAGGACAGGCUGUGCCGCACAUCGAAAUUACCCAGGAGGAAGCCCGCAAAGCAGCCGCCUCGGAAAAACGCUCUGAACCCACCGGUCAGCCGUCCACCCCCCAGCAACCAUUGCCAACUCCGGAACCCAAAUCCCGCCCACGAGCUAUUGAGCAAGCCCGCCCCGCCUCCCCGCGCAAGAACAGCCUCGGAGAGGACUUACAGAAGCCCACGAACUAUAAAGACUAUGAUGCCAAGUCCAACAACGACAGACAACGAAAGUUGUCCGUUGACUCACGGACAGAUGAGACGGGAACAUUUGAGGAUGAGGAGGAAUACUCAGUGAGCGAGGGACCUGAGGAACUGUUUGACGACAGUGUGAUACGAUUUUUCGUGGCGUUGUACGAUUACGACCCGACGGCCAUGUCCCCUAAUGUUGAGUCUGUGGAGGAGGAGCUGACGUUCAAAGAGGGGGACAUAAUCAAGGUGUUUGGUGAUAAAGACGCCGAUGGCUUCUACAUGGGUGAGCUGAACGGCCAUCGAGGCUUCGUCCCAUACAACAUGGUAGAGGAAGUGGAGGGACCUGAACAGACUCCCCUGAACCCACCCAAGAGGGCCAGCACGGCCACGUCUGCUGAAUCACCAGACAGGGUUGGGUACUCAAGCAGCCUGAACACUACCACAAGCAGUCCAGUUCAAAUCUUCAGCAGUCCCAUGAACAGCCUGCACGUUCCGCCAGAUGCCCGCGCCACCAAGAUGAGGGCGCUGUUUGACUACAACCCACAGGAGUUGUCCCCUAACCCGGAUGCUGAGGCGGAGCUGUCCUUCCAUCAAGGGGAAGUCAUCAUCGUAUUUGGGGAGAUGGACAAUGAUGGUUUCUUUGUGGGUGAACUCCAUGGCCAGCGGGGUCUAGUGCCGUCCAAUUUCCUGGAAGUGAUCGUAGACUCACCACGUCCCGAGUCGGCCCCAAGCCCCCAGCCUUACACCCCGCCGAGCCACCAGCCUUAUAGCCCUUCCCACCAGGCAUACAGCCCCUCCCCUAGCCGGGAGAGCAGGGGCAGCCGGGGCAGCAGGGGGAGCUACUCCUCAGUGAGAUCAGAUGACAGGCAGACACAGCUCCAGCAGACACGACAUCAGGAGAACGGAGAGGCCCCAGGCAAAGGUCGGGAGGUGAGGUCAAACUCCGAUGUUGCAGACCAAUCUGGGGACAGCAUGGGAACACCAGAACAUAUCAAGAAGAAAAAAGGUCUCCUGUCAAAGGGGAAAGCUCUGUUCAAGAAACUCGGAGGUGACAGCAAGCAGAAGCAUAAAUGAAGGGGUUGAGUUCUGCUGCUUGAUGUUGGAGAAACUGAUCCCACUUCUGCCACUGAUGUUGGAGAAACUGAUCCCACUUCUGACACUGAUGUUGGAGAAUCUUCCUGCCAUUGGCAUUGGAAAACUGGUCCCAUGGCUGCCAUUGAUGUUGAAGAAACUGAUCAGAUGUCAGCCACCGAUGUUGAGGAAACUGAUCCUUCUUCUGCCACCGAUGUUGGAGAAACUGAUCCUACUUCUGCCACUGAUAUAGGAGAAACUGAUCCCACCUCUGCCACCAAAAUAACUAAACCAUUGAGAAGUGGUUGCUAUCAUGAGAGCAAAAGUAACAAGUGGUUUGCUGUCAAAGGAGGAGGCUGUGUUGAGGAAGCUGUUUAGGAGGUGACAAACAAACAUAACCUUAGUGCAGAAAAAUGAUGUUGAAGGGCUGCUGCGCAAUCCAUCUUGAAAAUUUGCCAUGGCCGUGCACUAAUCGUUACUAAGGAGUACAUCAAUUACAAUACGAAAAUGAAAGCUGUACAAGGAUGUUGGGAAGGCAGGCUUGCCAGAAACAUGGGUGAAGAAACCCAUGUAACUUUGCAGAAACUGCUGCUUCAACGGCCGCCAACAUUUUCCUAACAGAACUGAAGCCUGCUGCCAUCAGGAAAUUGGGAUAUAUGCAGUUGUUUGAGUUGCUGUUCAAUAUGAAGACAACACAAACCAACAAGAAUGGGAAAAAGAGUCUGUCUCGAGUAGUUGUUGACCAGAAACUGAAACACAAGCAAGGAUUUGUAGGCAGCUGCCAGUCUGCCACUGGAAUAUCUUUCCUAAAGAAGUUCUGGCAUUGUGUCUUGCAUAUCAUGGCCUGUAUCCUGCAUCAAAUCUACAAUUGGAAACUGUGGUUUUCUGUUCGGAAAUAACACUGAAAGCAUCAAGGGAAUUGUAAAGGAAAUAUAUUGAUGUAAGGGAAAAAAAACUAAAAAGUUAGUGCCGAAGGUUUUUGCAUGUGAACUGCUCACUAGUAAAUGCUUGUUGAUUGCAGAUAGAUCAGGUACAACUAAUUGGUGUAACAUGUCUCAUGGAAAUAAGGGUCUUUUCAAAUUUGCUUUCUUUUCCUUUUAUUUUGUUAAAUUUGUCCACUUACUUGGCUAUCAAAUGUUGAAUCGGUAACAGGUUCCCUAGCAACAUUUUCAGGAAACUUCGAGUUCAUUCCAAAGCUAAAAAUUGUAGCACGAUACUGCAUAGAAGAGUUGCCAAUUAAAUGUUGCAGCACACAAUACACAUCAGGCCAAUUUGGACCAUUUUCUAUUCCAAUCCAUAUUUUUUCCGAAUCUAUGGUCCUCAUUCCUAAUAUGAAAUGUUUAUGAAAUUCAUCAGUAUGAAUCAUGGGUUGAAUAAUUUUGCAUAAACUGAAUAAACAGAAAUUCUAUCGUAAGUGUUUCUCUUUUAUUUCAGUAUUUAAGACGGUGCUGCAGAUUUUGUGUAUAUAAAUGAACUGCUAUAUUUAUUUAUUGCUUUCUCAGUUUUAUGGUUUUGUUCUUGGGUAUAUAUUACCUUGGAAUGCAGAGGCAUGAGAAUGAUAAAGGAUAUAUCCUUAACCAUCCUUUUAAAAGUUUAUCUCAUGCCAAUAUAUUCUAUAAGUUGGCAACCUUCUGUGAAUAAUGUUCAUUUGUACAUGUGAAUUUUUUUAUCAAGGUGUUUAUUACGGUAAAAUACUGGCCUCUUUUGAAACUUGUCGUUCAGUGUUUUUGAUUCAGUUGUUAAGGUUCAACUUGAGUCAAUUUCACAGUUUUGCGAAGCAAAUGUGGUCACCUUACCCAGUUAGCAGAUAUGUGGUAGGAAGCAAGUGCUCUGGUUGGCAAACUGUACUGUCAGUUUUGACUGUUUGCCAUUUCACUAAGUACAGUUUUCCUGCUUAGCUCAGUUUUGUGCUAAGUAUAGCUCUGUAAAAUUGGCCCUCGGUUUGCUUACUGACAUGACUGACUGUCAACAAUGAAUCAGUUGUCAUUGAUUUGAGAAUUGGGCAGGCAUUAGUAAUAUGUACAGUCAUUCCUUAUUUGAAUAUUCCUCAAGAGUGUAAAUAUUCAUGAAUUGUAAAUAUUUACAUGUAAAUAUGUCCCUCGUCCAUUAAUGGUUGUCAAGACCUUUACAUUCCAAGCACGUUUAUGUUAAUUUUUUUCUUUAUCAAAGAAAAUGCAAAAUAAUUAUUAUAAUUCAAAAAAUAAUAUUGGAAUUCACUAUAAAAAAUAUUUUAUCAUACUGGUGCCAGGCCAGUUUUUCAAUUUUAAAAUCAAAGACAAUUCUUUUGUAUCAGUCAUUUGACCUUUGAUUAACAUUUUUUCCCACUUUUACAGGGUCGUGUUUAUCGUGUUGCAUCAGAAACAAGUUUGAAAAUCACAGAAAUGCAAAUUGACAAAAACAUGAAAAUACUAAUACGCAUGCUUUAAAAUGUUACUAUCUUGAACGUCAGUUUGUGAAUCUUGUUGAUUCAUUUAUAUAUCCGAACAUUACACUACAUACAAAUACAAAGUUGUGCAUCAGUUACGCUUUUAAUGCAAAAACUUGAUUAUUAAAAUUUAGUUGAUAGCUGAAUACCGCUGUUUACAUAUUGAUUUCAAGUCUUCCAUUCAGGCUGUUAAAUAUUGAUGUAAAUUUAUUAACUUGUGUAUAUUGAACAAAUAUAUUUACGUCAUUUCUUUCCAAUAGUGUGCGUGUGUGUCUGUAGAGAAGUAUCUUUCCUUUUAGUUUGGAUUGAAGAGAGGUCAGGGUUUUGUUACUUUAUUCGUUUAUGCUUCUUGUUUGUCCUGUUUUAUUUCGUAUAUAUUUCAAGUCAAACCAUAUCAGUGCUUUAUGCAGUACCCAUUGAGGGGUUGUAAAAGUAUUCAUUUGAUUUAGAAUAUAAAAUAUUAGUCAAGGUGUCAUCUUUUAGAAACUUUUAUUUGUUCCAAAGCUUGUUGAAAAACGCAGGUUUACUUACUCAUACGGGACCCAAGCUCAUGACAUCCUGCUUACUAGUGCAGACAUCUUGACCACUCAUGAGCUUGUUGAGGUUCAAGGAAAAGCUUAACCUUGUUUCAAAAUUUACAUCACCAUGAUGAAAAACUCGCAUGAAAAGUCACAUUUGCUCAGAACAAAAAGUAUCAUCAGAUGGCUGAUAACAUAAUUAUUUGCCAUAGUGUCACAGAAAGUCAUGAUGAUAUGGUAUUGACACAUGGAGGUUGUCAUGGAGACAGUGCCAGAUCCUUUGUAAUUGCAGUUAACAGAUUAAUCUGUUUUGCCCCAGCCAAUGGAGUUUCGACCAUUUACAGCCAUGAUUUAAUGCCUGACAUGCGUGCAAAAAAUGUCUGACAUGCAUAAUGAUGCAUGCUGUUAGAACAUGCAGUAUUGCACUAGAGAGAUGCAAGUGGUGUUGUCCACGUGCGCAAUAGUAGGGUCCUAAUAAAAGACCUAAUAGACGUCGUGCUUUGUUUACAUGUGUGCUUUCCUAUGGGAGCCAGGUGGGGACGCCAGCCAAUCCUCCCCACCUGGCUCCCAAUAUGAAGCGCACAUGUAAACAAAGCGCGAUGUCAUUAUGUCGUAGGUCUGUUGGCCGGUCUAUAUUGCAUGUAUGUAUAUGGAUUUAGCUGUGUCAUAAAUUUUGGUUCAAACUAUACCCAUGUGUCAAGCCCCUUCUGGUAAGUGGUAAAUACAAAAAGUCCAGUUAUGGACCGUCCAACACAAUUAGCAUUAGUUUAGGAGAUGGGGAUAACAUUAAUUUUUAUAUGCUACACAAGCAAUGCAGCAGUGUUUUAAAGAAUGCACUUUCAUGUUUACAUUCAGAUACGGUGUACACAAAAUGUAACACAGAGUUAAGCAUAGACCCUACGCUUUGACACGAUUCUGUUUUACAUUAUGUUUACCCAGUGUGAUUUUGGGGGCAGGUUACAUGCAGACAAAUGCAGGGAAACCGGCAACACAAACUGUUUCUUCGCCAAUUAACUGCUUACCGUGAAGUAUUUCUUGCUUAAAGGCAGUUCUUUGAGAUAUACAUGUAGCCUGGUAACUUGUAUAUAUUUUAUCCAGUACGUAUGUUUGACAGUGAGAGACGUGUGCUUAAAUCUGAUGUCAUCAUGUUUCAUAGUGCAAUGCUAUGAACCACUUCAAAUGGAGAAUCAAAUAAGUCAUAAUUUCUUUUGUCAUCUCCUGUUUUUGUACAAGCUCAAAUAGUGUCUUAUUCCAAUCCAACACCAGAAGUUGAACAUACAUAUAAUAUCAUAUAUGAUGUCUGUAAUUUUAAACUGAAAAAAUAAUUUUGCGCUCAUUAAAGCUUCUAUGUUAUAUAUGACUUGCUCUUGGCGGGGAUCCUGCCCCCUCUAACAAAAAUAAUUUUGAUUACCUUGUACUCGACCAAAAUAAAUCACAAAAAAUGAUUUCAUAUGCAUGAAAUUUGAUAAAUGGCCAAAACGUACCUACAUUGUUAAUUUUAAUUUUCCAUUUUCUCAAUGCUUCCUGUGUGCACAAAAUAUUCUACAUGUUUGUUUAUUUGUAAAUAGGCUGAGUCUAUAUAUUCAAAAUAAUAUAUCAAACUUGUGUGUGCCGUUGAUUUGUAUCUAUUUUCAAACGUUUGAAGUAUCUUUAAAAAUCUACAAGGAAGCCAGUAACAAAUCGUGGCAUUAUUUUAUCCUGGUUGAUGAGAAUCCUACAAAUAGAAGUUCUUCAAAGUGUCACAAUAUUCUGUCAGUUGCAGUAGUCGGUCUUGUUUUGGUUUUAUGUCAGGGUACAACACAUUUUUGAGACCAUGCUAAAAUUACCAGAAUCAGCCAGAACAUAGGUUUCUUUUUUUUGUUAAUAUUCUUGUUAUUUAUUGUCUGUAAAUCAAACAAUAUAAUUCACACCAAAUUUACACUGAAAAUAUUGAUCUUUUCGAUGAAAUACUGUAUUUAUAAACUCCCACCAGCAUAAAAAAUUCCUUUAUUUCUUAAUUAUGUUUUUCAUUUUGCACUCAAUUGUAAAAUCCAAUACAUGUAUAUGAAUUACGUUUCACUGAGGUUUCAUGAAACUAUAUCCAAACAAGUGAAUGUUUGAAACAAUGCUAUAUUAUAAAAAUGGACUUGAUAAAGUUUUUAAAAUAAAAGACAAUGUCAAAGAAA